UCUAAACAGUUGAAGGGUUUAGGCAAGCGAAAGUGUUCUGUUAUCAUUAUCAGACUCGAAAAUAAUGUUGAAGUGAAAUUUGGACGGUGAAUGAGUUGUUUCCGAUGUUUUCCUUUGGAUGGCUUGUUGGUUACAUGUGGACGUGAAAGCAUAGAAAAUUAAGGAGACAACAUGAGUUCCCUAAUGACAGCGGCGGCGGACGCCAUCGCCGGCACCGCCAUAUCCGCAGGUAUGCAGAUGGCAUGGUUCGUCCCAAUGUUGGUGGCGACCAUAGCGUACUUCCAGUACGAGCAGACCGACCCGGAGGGCAGGCCCGCGGACAUCGAGGAGUCUCGCAUGCUGGCGGAGUACGACUUUAUCAUAGUGGGCGCCGGUUCUGCUGGAGCCGUGUUAGCGAACAGACUAUCAGAAGUGGGCCACUGGAAGGUUCUACUCCUAGAAGCCGGAGGCCAUGAGACGGAGAUAUCCGACGUUCCUCUGUUGGCCGGCUAUCUGCAACAUAGCCAGCUGGACUGGGCGUACAAGACUGAGCCUCAUAAUGGGUUCUGUUUAGCAAUGAAAGAUGGCAGGUGCAACUGGCCACGUGGAAAAGUUCUUGGUGGUAGUUCAGUUUUGAACUACAUGCUUUACUUACGAGGAAACAAGAAAGACUACGAUAUAUGGGAAUCCUUAGGCAACAAGGGAUGGGGCUACAAAGACGUUCUUUAUUACUUUAAGAAAUCAGAAGACAAUCAGAAUCCAUACUUGGCACAAACACCUUAUCACAGCACAGGAGGAUAUCUAACCGUGGCUGAAGCUCCUUACAGAACACCUUUGGCUACUAGUUUCGUCGACGCUGGAGUAGAGUUGGGAUACAUGAACAGAGAUAUCAACGGUGAAAAACAAACGGGUUUCAUGGUCGCUCAGGGGACGACUCGGCGAGGCAGUCGGUGCUCUACAUCCAAAGCGUUUUUAAGACCUGCUAAAAAUCGUCCGAAUCUCCACAUAUCCAUAAAUUCAUUUGUGACAAAAGUGCUAAUAGACCCACGAACUAAAAUAGCAUUUGGUGUCGAAUUCGUAAAGAACAAAAUGAUCCAUCGGAUUCGAGCCCGAAAGGAAUUAAUACUGUCUGCGGGUUCAAUCAAUUCACCUCAGUUGUUAAUGUUAUCCGGCAUAGGCCCUUCUGAAGAAUUGACCAAACACCGAAUACCGGUACUACAAGAUUUGAAGGUUGGACAGAACCUGCAAGACCACGUUGCACUUGGAGGACUUACCUUUAUGAUUAACAAAGAUGUAGCUAUAGUUGAAAACCGUUUGCAAUCGGUGAGCACCAUGAUGGAAUAUGCUGUUUUAGGAACUGGGCCGCUGACUAUUUUGGGAGGAGUUGAGGGAUUAGCUUUUGUAAAUACUAAGUAUGCGAACGCAACGGAUGAUUUCCCUGAUAUUGAAUUCCAUUUUGUGAGCGGCGCAACUAGUUCCGAUGGGGGUGCUCAGUUAAGGAAGAUUCAAGGAUUAACUGAAAAUUUUUACAAUGCUGUUUUUAGACCGAUCAACAAUAUGGACGUUUGGUCAGUUAUGCCCAUGCUGCUAAGGCCUAAGAGCACGGGUUACAUUCAACUACGGAGCGCAAACCCGUACGACUAUCCUUAUAUUUACCCAAAUUAUUUUUCGGAUAAAGACGAAGAGGACAUUAAAACCCUAGUCGAAGGCGUGAAGAUUGCUGUAGCUCUAUCCAGAACCAAAGCAUUUCAACGUUUUGGAUCCGUAUUAAACCCGAACGUUUUCCCUGCCUGUAGAGCGGUACCCCGAUACAGUGAUAAGUACUGGGAGUGCAUGAUCAGGCAGUUCACAGCGACGGUGUAUCACCCGGUGGGGACCGCUAAAAUGGGGCCUUUCUGGGACCCUGAAGCCGUGGUAGAUGAUGAACUCCGAGUGUAUGGAGUGAAGGGCUUACGCGUCAUUGACGGCAGUAUCAUGCCCGUGAUGGUGAGCGGCAACACCAACGCUCCCAUCAUAAUGAUCGGCGAAAAAGGCAGUGAUAUGAUAAAAGCGUUUUGGCUAAAGCGAAGAAUGUCGCGAUACUAUCACUGAUACCAAUUUGGUACAAUUUGCAAACCAAUUCUAAAUGAUCCCAGUAUUAUAAUAUAUUUUAGUAUC